AUGCGACGCCCAAUCUCGCGCGGCUCGCACUCUUACGCCGACUCUUACUAUGACGAAAACUCCAUCGACGACGCUGCAGAGGUCGAGCGCGCGCUUUCCAAUGUCGACGAUGACUACGAGAAUGAUCACUCCGACGUGCGCUCAGAAUGGUCCCGUGGCCCGUCGGCAACGUCCUAUAGCUCUUCCAAUUCCUUCACCAACUCCUACACCGGUUCUUACACCAACUCUUACACUGAUUCAAACCCAUCCUACUCCACGAGCUACGGCGCUGGAACCAACCUCUCCGCCUACGAGCGCGAGCGCAUCCGUCUCAGCACCAUCACCGAGCGGACGGAGCAGCCCACAAGACCAAAUUCAUACUCACAGUCCCAAGGCCAACGCAACUCUGGUGUUCCUUCAGAGGGCAACCGCCUCUCCGCAGCCAUCCGUAAUAGCGCCCAACCUUCCGGUUCUCGCCACCUUCGCUCGCCUUCGGAACCCGAGAAGCCCACCGCCAAGCGGAUGGGCGACCUCAUCGCGUUCUUCGAGGACAAGGCCACCGACAUGCCUCCUCCCCCAGGCCACGGCCACUCACGCUAUGCGACGGCUCCCGGGGGAACAGAGGCAUAUCGCGCCACCAGCCCAUUCUACUCCCAAGCCCCGUCCUCACCACGCAUGACUUCUACAAUCGGCUACACCUCAGCUUACGGCGGCUCGCGCCCCUCGUCGCCCACAAAGUCCAGGUCCCCGCUCUCGUAUGCGUCGUCAUCGUCCGCAUCCGGCGUCUCUGAGGGCAUAUCUUCGCUUUUUUCUCCCGCUCGCGGCAACACCACCACUGCCACGCCGGCAGCCACGCGCACAGGCACGGACGGCAAGGGCGCGCGGCUCAGCCCGAGCGACUUCGCGAGCACGUUUUCGCACACGUGGUCUGCUAGCCGCUCGGCGACCGGAUCGGUGUCGCCGCCGACAGUGAGCGCACCGCUGCGCAGGCCGGCGCAGCAGCAGGGCGGGACAAGUCCGCGCUCGCCGCUCACGAGCGUGCGCAAUAUCGUAUCGGCGUGGAAGGGGCGCUCGUCGAACGGUAAAAACCCAGCGUCGCCUACUUUUGGUCACGGUCAAGACCCAGUCGUCGUGAUGCCGCUUGCGACCAAUGUUACUGGCAAUAGCAACGCCGAAGGCUUGUUUAGCGUCAAGAGACGGGCGGAGAGGGAUGAGAGGAGGCUCCGCCAGUCGGCUAUGAUGACGAGCAAGGCGCUGCCUGCGACGCCGCCUCGCGACUACGACGAAGGUGGGCACGGUAGUGACUUGAUGAGCCCGCGCAGUGUGUCGGAAAGCACGGUCCCGCCGUCGUUUGAUAUCGCUGAGUUGGCUGCUCACGCGCGUGCCAGCAGAGAGCCGAUGCGCAUCGGUGACCUCUGGUACCUCAACGUGCACUCGGGCCCGCCCUACCGGUGGCUGCGGUGCCAGGCGCUGCUCUACCCGAACAUGUUACUGCUCUCGUGGAUCGCACCCGGUGGCGGGCGCGGCGUUGUCACGCUCGACUUGCUCAACUGCACCGAGGUGCGCUCUGUCCCGUCGCCGACGCAUGCGAGCGCGCAGGACGAUGUGGGGACGAUCGCGGCGCAUGAGCAAGAUAAUGAGGGUGGCAAUAUGCCGCUUACGGAGCUGCUGUGCCCUUUCCAGUUGCUGUACACUGAUGGAGUGGAGAGGAUGGCGGCGGAGAGCGCGAGGGAGAGGGUGAGAUGGGUUAGUGCGGUUUGGGAAGCGCUCGACCGCUCUGUUACGCUGCCGAACCGCUCCGAGUCGGGCUCGCCGACAGGCUCGGUUCUCACAAUCCACACUGUCUCUGGUACCGCCUCGAACGUGUCCUCUGCCACCUCUGGAUCCAAGUCGACGGUCUACGUCCCACCCAUGAACGAUCUCACCGACAUCCAAUCCAUGUCCGAUCUUUCGUCGACUGUCUCGCUCUCCCGCGGGCCCUCGUUCUCGGGUCAUCAUAACCACACCACCGACGACACGGUCAUCUCGAACUCGACGUUGCACUACCCCGGCGACCCGCGCGUCAUCGCACCGAGCCGCAGCAGCUCGCUGCGCCGGACGAGCUCCAUGACGGACCUCGACGAGGCGUUUGAGCGUGCGGUCGAUCGCGCGCGGACCGCGAAGCCCGGGCUCGGGUUCGGGAUGUCGCUCGUGGGCGCGUCGAUCCUCGGGGACGGCUCGCCGGUGACAGUGUCGAGCGGGUCGCGGUUGAGCGGGGAGACGCGACUGACGCCGCCGCCGAGCUCGAAGACGCGGGCAAGGGCGCUGAGCGAUGUGUCGGACGAGGCGUUCUUUAGCUCUGGGAGCAGGACGAGUGUGGGUGGGCCGCCGGCGUCGUUUUUCUCGGCGGGGGAUACGUAUGGGACGACGACGGGGUAUGAUACGACGACUGUUACGGGGGUGGGGAGGAGGGGUGUUGGGAGUGGGAGCGGGAGCGGGACGGUUUCGGGCUCGGAUACGUUUAGAGGGGUCAGCAAUAGCUCCGAUACUGGCACGGCUAUUGUUGCGUCGACGCUGUCGCUCCGCCGGACGGAGUCGAACUCGUAUCUCGGGGAUUCGCACGACGGGUCGUACAGCUAUACGGCGAGCACGUCGCCUGGCCGCUCGACGCUGUCUAGGAGCUCGGCGGUCAGCAGGAGGAGGAAUAGCCGGUACACGGGCGAAGAGAACAGCGAUAAGGAGAACUCGGCGUAUACGCAGAGCUGUGCGAGGUCGACGAUGAGCUCGUUUGCGAGGAGCAUGUCGACGACGCCGACGCAGAGCUAUGCGAGGCCGGGGUCGUCUGUCGGGUCUGCGUCUGGGUUGGACGUGGAGGAGGGGUAUAUCAGCCGCUAUGCGUCGCGGUAUGGCGAGUAUGAGCUGGACCUGGAGCAGGAUCAAGAUCAGGAGCAGGAGCAGCACCAUAGCUCGGGCAGCGAGGGGUAUCAUACUGCGUCGACGCCGUCCACCGCGUCGUUCAAGUCGCUCCCUUCUAUCCCGUCCGAGAGCGAGUUCGAGACCAUCGGCGGGAGGACGUCGAUCUCGGAGUAUACCACUGUGCCCAGGUGCGACACGGACGACGUCGAGUCGACGGAAUACGACACCGUCGGGUGCAAGUGCGAAGACCGGUCUACGUCGGAGUAUAUCACCGCGGAGCUGUGCAAGAGCGAGCCGCCGACCGAGUUCGAGACGGCGAGUCUGUGCAGGACGAUUCCGAGCGAGGAGAACACGCCCAAGUCGGCUCAUGUUGAGCUCCCUGUUGAACAGCUGCCGCAUGUGGGGCUCGCGCCUGGAGGACCGAGGGUGCCUGUUAUGCCGCCGCGCGCUGCGGGGCCUGGGAGGGUGCCUGUGAUGAUGCCGCUUCCUGUCGCAACGCCGCCUGCGCGCGUGCCCAGCCCUGCACCCGCUGGACCGCGCCCGUUCCCGCAGCUGGUGACUGCGCUGCCGCCGCCGAGGGUGCCUGUGGAGAUCACGCCGACACCGACGACGGUGACACCUGUUACUGCGCCGAGUGCGCCGAUGCCGCCGACGCCCAUACCUAGACCGCGCAGCGAACUUUCGGCGGCGCGUGUUCCGCUUCCGGCAUCUGUGGCGAGCGCUUCGCCGAGGCCUUCGCCACGCCCGACGCCCCGGAUACGCGCGCACAGUCCGCUGUCGUCGCUUGAUCUCGGGAGCAGCGUGAGCCUGUCGAGUCCGUCGUCGCUCACGCGCACGCGGGACGUUUCGCUUGCUGCGUCGUCGCCGCGUGUGCCUGGGCCGAGUACCGUGCAGCAGCGUAUUCCGCGCAGCCCUAUGGGUAGCAUCGUCUCGGACGAGCGCAGCGAGGCGCCCGAGAUGUCGCCUCCACGCGCGCCGUCGCGCCGCUGGGCGGCGGAGACGGACUUGUCGUACGAUUCAUCGCUGUUGCAGCCGACGCCGAGUGUGAUUACUGCGCAGCUCCGCGAGGAGUCAGAGCGGGAGGUGGACGAGGAUGAGUCGUUUGAGACGUCGUUUAUGCGCCCGACGAGUGGGUCGCCGAUGACGUCGGUGGAUAGACUCACGCCGAUGACGCAGUCGCUUGUGUCGUCGAGCGAGCCUGCGCGGGAGCCUGCGUACUCGGAGAUGGGGAUGGAGAUGGGGCCGGAGAUGCCGCAGGUGACGGUUUCGAUGAGUGCAUCGAGUGCAUCGCCGAUGCCGGAUUUGGGGGAGAGCACUGUUAGUAGCAGUUUGUCGAGGACGGCGAGCAGUGUGAGUGAUGUGGAGAGUUUGGAGAGGAUGUCGACGAGGAGGACGAGGAUGGGGUGGGAGGAUGAUAUGGGGAGUGAGAUUUCGACGGAGCCGAGUUUGUUGAGUAGUUUGCAUGGGAGUGAGUUUAGGGGAAUGCUUGCAGUCUCUCCCGCCAAUGUUCCUCUUCCGGUCACGCCUGCGCCCACUACGCCCUCUAUGAGCGGCAGCAUGAGCACGCCGCGCAAUGAACAGCCCUCAAUCCACUCUGAGCUCGAGACGCAGCCGUCGGUCGUGCACGAGGAAGUCAAUAUCCAGCAAGACAUCAGCGAGCUCCUCGCGCACAUUGACGAUCUCGACCGCGUGCGUGGCACUGAAUCGCAGGAGAUGUCGGAGAACAUCCGGGCUAUCCGCACCGAGCUGUUUUCGCUAUCGGACUAUGUCCGCUCUCAGCAGUUCGGCACGACGACGACGAUUGUUCAGCCCGCGCCUCCCACGCCAGUGACACCAGCGACACAGGUCCUCACGGAGCACCAUCACACGCACACGCUCGAAAGGGUUAUCGAGAGGCCGGCUGGGAGCACGCUCACGUAUAGGGAGCAAGCGUCCGAGGUUGGUGGACCGGCGAUGCGCGACGAGGGUGUUGAGGUGGAAGGUCCACAGAGGGUUGAUGAAGGCACGGAGGCGAAGUCAGAGGCAGGUGUCGAGCGUGUCGAUGCCGAGGUCGCAACCGAGGAGGAACGUCGGUCGGAGUACGUCGAGGAGGGCGUCGAGGCUCGCAUAGAGGAGCGUGUCAUGCAGCGGGUGCCUUCGCGCCCCGCGUCCGUCGUUGCCCCCGCGCGGACGCCCAGGCCGCAGCCGGCGGAGGUGCCGCAGAUCAGGCCCAUCUCGAUCUUGCUCACUCCGCCGCCGCCGCGCCCGUUAUCGCCCAGCUCGGUGUUCUCGGGCGAGUCGUAUCUGUCGUCGCACCACUCGGACGAUGGGAGUCUGCUAGAGAGCCCGAGGUCGGAUAUGAUACCGAUUUCGGAGACCUGGGAAUCGGAGUCGGAGUCGUUGGAGAGGGAGGAGCAGUGGGAGGAGGAGCAGACAAUCACGCCGGUCCCGGAGAGCUGGGAAGAGGAAGCGUCGACUCCUAGCAGGCUUACUUUGAGUGCUACGUCGAGCAGCUCGCCCUCGCCUGGACCGUCGUUAUCUGCGACGAGCUCUUCGGUGACGCCUACACCCCCGCCUACUUCUCCCAGCCCCAGUCCAACCUCUGUUUCGGUCAGUACGGAAGCAACUGCAAGACCGGCAAGGCCUGCUACGGAUGUCACUACCUUUGCGUCCAUCCGCGAACUAUUGGACCACCUCCGUGAGCAGACGACGGCGCUCUGGGAUGGACAGCUGUCCACGAACCAUAUGCUCGACGAGCUGCGUCAGCAACGUCCGGCUCCUCAAGACAAUCAAGAGAUCUAUGAACGUCUUCGCAACAUUGAAAACUUGCUUGAGUAUCUCCUCUCCCGGCCCCAGCCCGAGCCUGCCCCUGCACCCGCACCGGCGCCCCAGCCAGCUCGCACGCCGACGCAGCACGUGCCAUUCCCCGAGGCAGCGAUGUCUGACGUCCCCUCGGACGAGUCAGCCGAGCGCGACAGCGUUCUAUCGCGCCUGGACGCGAUCCUCCGCGCGCGCCGCGAGCAGGGGCCCAUCGAGAUGCCCGCACCUGUGCGCGCCGGUCCGUCGCUUGACGGGCAGCUGCUGGAUAUUCUCAGUGCCCCCACUGCAGCGCCCGCGGGAGGGAUACAAGGGCCACCGCCUUUGAUCCCGUUCACGUACCAUCCCGCGCCCCGACCUCCGCGCUCGCGCAGCACGAGCCCUGUGCCAAUUCUGAGGCGCUAUCCAAGUGCGCCUCCCAUCGUUGUUGAACAAGAAGAGCGCCGAUAUGUCCCCGAACGCCCUGUUGACCGUCCGCGGCCCGAGAUCAGACGUCCCCUGCGGCAGCAACCAGUGCAGCCCAGCGAGACGGAGUAUACACCUGCGGAACCGUCAUCGGGGUUGCCGUCCGAGGGCAUGGGUGUCUUCCCGCCGCCUGGGCAGUAUGAUGAUAUUCGGCCGGCGCAGGAGCCACAGCAGAGGCCGCCAACGAAUAUUCCGCCUCCUGGACCCGUAUUCCCUCAUCAGAUGCAAGACCGACCGCCGUCUGCGCCUUCGCAUCUCGGCGGUGAGGAGGACCCGCGCCAGUACGAGAGCUGGUACACACGCCGGCGUCCACAGCAAGCACCAGGAGCGCCAGGAGUCGGUGUUCCUCCUCCCGGUGUUUUCCCGAUGCCUGGUCAAGCGGGCGGUACCACCUACGUGCCUAUGCCACCUGGUCCGACUGUUGUUCAGGUGCCCCCAGUUUUCGACACGCUCAUGCAUGUCUUGCGGGAACACCGCCUGGCUCAGCUCGCUACGGUCGAGCAGCAGCGUGAACUCAUGCGAUACAUGCGCGGUUUGAACGAGUGGCUCGAGCGCGAUGUCGCAGACCGCCACAAUGAACUUGGCAGCGUUGUCGCGCGCGUAGACCAGCUACGCCAAGAACUCUCGCAGCUCGGUAUGAAUAUGCAGGGCAUGCAGCAGAGGAUGCCUCCUGCCGGUGACCAGCGGCCUAGUACUGGGUUCAUCCCUCCUCCUAUGAAUAUGCCCAUGCCGGACAUUGGGAUGCAGCCAGGUAUGCAGCCAGGUAUGCAGCCAGGUGUGCAGCCAGGUGUGCAGCCAGGUGUGCAGCCAGGUAUGCACCUUGGAGAUAUGGGUGCAACGCCCGGGUAUCCUCCGGGAUUCAUACCUCAGCGCCCCGGAAUGGAAGGUCCCGUCGUUCCAUCGCCUCCAGCAGGCUACACGGGCGGCUUUGUUCCACCCAACGUCUGGGGCCAGCCAGGCCAAGAAGGACCUGUUAUCCCUCCUGGUGACCAAUACGAAGGGCCCCCGAUGCAGAUGCCUGAGGCGCACGUCCCCCGACCUGGCCCUGAGCCUCAGUUUGGCGGCUUCGCCCCCUCGCGCCCAUCUCCUUCGGAGUCCGAGGGCUCAUUUGUUUCUUCUUCUCCAGAGCCGCAGCACGUCCCCCCGCCUCAGCCUCCCUACGUUACGGUCAUACAACCCAGCAGUCCCAGCCAGAGCGAGUCAUCCGGUACCCAGCAGUCGUACGAGCCGCCGCCGCCUACUACUGCACCCGUCUCGGUUGAGCCAAGCGUUAUGGGAUAUGAGGAUAUGCCAACGGCGGUCGUCCCAGUCCAGCGCUCCGAUAUGGGUACAUCGCCUGGCCCACCGGCUGUGGUUCCUCUUUCGGAUCGUCCAUCAAGCGACGUAGGGCAUCCAUCGCAGACUGUCAUCAUCACCCAGCCGGGUGCGCAACCUACAGCGCCCGCACCUACCGCGCCUCCUCUUGGAUCCCAGCCCAUGAUCACCAUCCAGCCGCCGCCUAUGGGUGUUCAUGACGAAGCAGUCGGUGAACAUGCCGGCCCCGUCAUCAUUGCGCCGUCUGGUUCCUCGGCAAUGGAAAGUGUUCCGCCUUCGCCGUAUGCUGGCUCGGAGCUAGGCAUUCCGCCCCCUGGUCAUAUCAUACCUGGUUCGCCUGCGCCGAGUCAGGCUGGGGGCCCGCCUAUGAUGCAACCCAUCCCAGGGCAACCCAUUCCAGGCUACCCGGGCUGGGUCAUGCAACCGGCGCCUCAACCCGGGCAACAGGUGUAUUACCCUCAGCCUGGCCCGUACCAGCAGCUACCGCCUAUCAUCAUCCAGCCUCCGCCACCCCAGGUUCAGCAACCCUUCGCGGAAGUGCCUCCUCAGAUGGACGUUAUGCGCCCGCUGUCGGCUGGUUCUAUGAGACCGCACGAAACCGCAGAACGGCCCAUUAUAGUUGUGCAUUCCGAUGAUGACCGCAGCGAGGCCAGCACCCCCCAAACCCCCAGAACUCAUAGAUCUCGUCCAUCCAUCGAGUAUGCCGAUCCCGGACGCGAUCAGACCCAACCCACUACCCCCAUCAUUGUACAAGUGCCGCAGACUCCCUCACGCACUCCCUCCCAUCACCCUGGUGAAACAUCUUACGAGUACUCGCCGGAGUACAGCAGGUCUCCAAGCAGGACUCCAGCAACGACGCACGUAUCUCGUUCACCUACCCGCUCGCCGAUCUACAUCGAAACAGGGACGCCGCACCCUCCUGGUGUUCUCAUGGGGCCAUCUAGAGCUCCGUCGGAAUAUGCAGAGGGCGACAGACCGCAUCGCCGCUCUCCUUCGCCUACCUCUCCGAGGCACGGGCGCGGGCGUAGAGGCUCUCGCUCGCCAACUCAACGGGUCAGCAGGUCUCCUGAUGACGAGGGUGACCGCCAUGUUUCACGCAGGCCUGGUCGUCGCCGCGAAUAUCGAGAAGGUGAUGAAGGGCCUUCCAGAUCGCCGUCGCCGCCAUUCGACCGCGGAGGGGGCAGAUAUGUCCGGCAUCAUUACCUGGAGUCCCCGGGUGGCAGUCGGUAUUACCGUCGCCCUCGUGACCGCUCGCUUUCUCCAAGGUAUGAUCCUGGUUACGACGACCCUAGAGACCCUGGACAUCACGGUCGUGGCGGCCGUCCUUAUUAUCCGGAGGAGGAUCCUGGUAGGAUGCACCCUCAUCCUGGUCCACCUCCCAGUGGCGUUUUAUCUCCUGGCGCACCGCCUACUAUCAUUCGAAUUGGCGGUGAUCCGGAACACCAUGGUAUCCCCGUGCAGCGAUCCGACCCAGGCAUGGGCAUGAGUCCCAGACAACUACAUGAUCAGCUUAUGCAUGUCCCCGACGGCGGCACCCAUGUUCCUUUCGUUCCCUCCCACGCAGGUGACAGUGGCGCUCAUAUUCCCGUUGCUCCCUCUCGUGCAGGCGAGGCACCGACUCGUCUCCCACCUGUCAUUGAAGGCGGGUCGAUCGAGCCUCCAUACUCACCACACGAUGCACCGAGUGCUCACCACUACCCUGACUCGGGUCGAUCCGGACCUCCCUCUGAGUACGCAGGAUCUGUCGCACGGUCGGAGCCUGCCUCGGAGGCCCCAGAAUCCGUCCCUCGCUCUGAGGAACCAGAGACGACUGCCUCGCGCCGUCCCUCAACCGCGCGCUCUACGACGCAGCCUCCGCCUACGGUUACCGAAGAGGACGAACCCAUGAUUCCAGGAUCGCCCACUAGUGUCUUUCAUAUCCCGACUUCUGAUCGCGACCGUUCCCCCGAUCACGACCGUUCCCCUGAUCACGACCCCGAUCAUGGCCGUUCCGCCGAGCUCGAAGAAGCUCUCCGCGAACGACAACAACGCCUCGAUGAAGUCGAGCGGGACUAUAUGCAGGCUGUCGAAGGUGCCCAUGCCCGGGAAGAGGAUCGCGAGCGUGCUUAUCGUUCAAAUGAAGAGGAACGUGAGCGUCUCUUCAUGGAGGCGGAACAGCGUCGCGAGGAGGAAGUCCGUUUACGCACUGAGGAGCUCAUGCGGGAGUUCGAGGAACGCAUGGCGGCUCUUGCAAGGCCACCGACUCCGUAUGAGCCGCCGAUGCCUGAGGAGGACGAACCUGCUUUUGAGGAAGCCAUGGAAGAUCCGGAAGCUACCCCACGCCCUCCCUCUAUGGAGCUGCCACAGCAGCAAGCCAUCGAGGAUGUCCCUCCCGUUCCAGUACCACCACCUAGCGCUCUCGAAGAAGGACCCGCUCCAAGCAUCAUCGAGAGUAUCCACACAGCUGCAACAGAGGCUGGGAGGCGACACAGCGAGGAGCUCAACGAGAUUGUGCGUCUUGAGCGCGAAGAGCUUGCAGCGGAGCGAGAGCAAGCGGCGCGGGAACGCGAGGAAGCAAAACAGGAACUCGCCGCGGAGAGAGUGAAGAUGGACGAGCAGUACAACGACCGCAUUGCAGACCUCGAAGCGGAACUUGCCCGCGUGCGCGGCGAGCUCGAGGGCGAGAAGCAGAUGCGCAUGAAUGAGGAGGCGGAGACACGCGAGCGGGAGAGACAGGAGGCGAUUGAGCGAGACGAAGCGAUGCGCUCACAGCUUGGCGAUAUCACGAACCUCGUUCAAGAUGGACGGGAGGAGAUGGCACGCAAGCGUGAGCUUAUGGAUCAGCGAUGGGAGGAGAAGCAGGCGCGGUGCGAGCAGAAGGAUGCAAGGAUGGCGGAGCUGUUUGGUAUGGUCCAGAAGCUCGUGGAAGACCGCGACAUGGACAGAAUGAGAGAAGAAGAGGAACGCCAGGCAAACGCCGAGAAGCCAGGCAUCCAAGACAUAAUGAACGAGCUUGGCAGGCAAAAUGCGGAGCUUCGCGAGUUGUUGAACACUCUCUCGGAUAGUUGGCGCGCAGAUAGCAAUCGUCAGCAUAUGGAGACUAUCGAGGCUGUUCGCGCCACUGCAAACGAGCAAGUCAAGUACAAUGUGCAAGGAUAUCUUGAUGAGUUCAGCAAGGCGCUCGCGUCCGAGGUCCGCAUGCUCCUUGGCGAGGUGGGCAAGCUCCGCGAGGAACGCCGUAACAUCCAACACGAACUUGGUUGGUUGAUGAUGACCAAGUCAAAAUACGAGCCCGGCGGCGAGUUCAACGCAGACUGGCGCCCGACCGUUCCGGGCUCUGGCUUCACGGGAGGAGGCCCCGGUGGCCCUGAUGAUCCGCAUGACGCUCCUCCUCCUCCCCAGGAGCACAUGCAGCCCCGUCCUGCUUGGCGCUCCGUGCCGCCGCAGGGGGGUCGACGCAAGGUCAAGAAGCAGCGACCUGCUCAGCCUCCGCAGGACAUCCCUGGGCCCAUGGAUCCGAGACAGCAGGUGACGAGCUGGGCAACCUGGCAACCGAACCCCGAGCUUGAGCCCAGUCCGUCCACUAGUAUCCAACCCAACUUAGUGGUCCCUGGUCACUCUUCUCCUGGCUUAUUCGGUCCUCGGUCACCCAGGGCAUCAAUGGCGUCGUACGAAUCAUAGAAAUUUUCCGCUUACGCUUUGAUACGCUUUGAACUUGGUAUACCAUGACACUUUACGAUAUCCCUCACGAUGUUACCCUUGAUACGCAUUAUCUUUCUUCAUCUUACCUCUCAUCUACUCUUGCUCACCCAAAGUCGCUCUUUCUCCAUCUUUCUUAUGCAUCUCUUGGACUUUUUUUGCUUUUUAUGCUUCUCACCCUCGACUCUUGUAAACUUAGUCUAUGCUUGCUCUUGUGUUUUCACGCUCUUGCUCCAUCUUGUUAUUACUCAUUAAGCCCUGUGGGCCUCGCAUUGGCAAUUGGUAUACAUACAUUGGAAUUCAUCGUGCUUUCUUG